AUGACGUUUCUGAGCUUGAACUCAAAGAGCAGUACCACAUCGGACUCUAGUCAAUUGUCUAUCAACAACCAAACAAGCAUUAUACUCGAAGACUCCCCUCCGGUUGGAAAAAAACCCGCGGCGCGAACCACCCAAACCAGCUUGCCAGCUACUGAAGCUCCAGUUUUGAAGCGUAAACAUAGCAAGAAGCUUGCCAUUCCCUCAGAUUCAGCCACUGUUCCUAAGUCACCCGGUUUCAGCAACUUGCAAAACACUGCGAUGAAAGCCAAAAAUCCUGCGACCCUUGGGACACCCGACCUGCCGAAAAAGCUCAAGACUAUGAUCCCCACAACAAUUCCUAGUGUUACAAACACCACACCUGCUCUUGAGUCGUCACCUGCUCUUGAGUUGUCUGAUUGCAUCAACACGAAAAAAACUGAAAGCCUUCUUGAGUCAUCUAGUUGCAUCAACACAAAAAAAACUGAAAACCUUGUUCCGUCCAACAAGAUCAUGCCCAAGUCCCAAAACGCUGAAAUGUUUUCAACCAUCGAAACACAGCCAGUCUCAGCAAAGUCUGAAAACAGUGAUAAGCCCAAAACUCUUAGCAGUGCUGCUACUCAUCCAACUGCACCCGAUUUCCCUGCUUGUAUCAACUUGAAAAAUAACGUCAAAACGGCUGCAAUUGAAAUCCCGGAAACUGUUGAGACACCCAAUAUAUCCGCUCUUAUUGCCUCCAAAAACGCUGCAACCCUUGUAAAGAAUGCAAUCGGAAUCCCGGAAAUCAUUGACACGCCAAAUUUACCCACUUGCAUCAACUUGGCAAACCCUGCAAACGUCGAAAAGAAUGCAACCAAAAUCCCGGAAACCAUCGACACCCCAAACUUGCCCACUUGCAUCGAUUUGGCAAACCCUACGACCCUCAAAAAGAAUGCGAUUGGAAUCCCAGAAACGAAUGACCCCCCAAAUUUGCCCGCUUGCAUCGACUUGACAAACCCAGCAAACCUUGAAAACAACGCAAUCCAAAUCCCGGAAACCAUUAAGACACCUGUGAAUCCAUCUACUGACCUCACCAAAUGUUCAACACAACCAGAAAUUGACCCGCUCCAACUGGUACAACCAGAUCAAGCCAAAACUAUAGACGGUUCUGCUGAAGACUUAUCGGCCUCGGCCUGUUGA